AGAUGGGAGAGGGCCCAAAAGAGAAAGACGAAAUUGCCCUCACUGAAAUCGAGAGAAGAGGAACGUACGGCACUCCGCCGCCGCAGCUGUUCCGCUCCACUGUUCCUCCGCCAUCCCACCAGCAGGCCGCCGGUCGCCCUCCCGCCGCCCUGAAAGUCCUCCACCGCGCGGUCCAGUCCCGCGCUGCCUCCUCCUGCGGCGCCGCCGUCCGCCGACCCCAGCUCGCCCCCGUCCGCGAAUCGAGGGAAGGGCCAUUUCAUCAGCUAACCUGCGAGCGAUGCGGUGCCGGAAGAAGGCCACCACCUUGGCUACCAUCGCCAGCCUCCCCGACGAUAUACUAGCCAACAUCCACGGCCGCCUCAGCCUCCUCGACCGUCUCGCCUCCGCCGCCGUCUUCCGCGCCUCGUCCGCCCCACUCAAGCCGGAGACGCCGUGGCUCCUCCUCCGCGGCCGCACCCCGGAGACCGCCACGCUCUUCUCCAUCUCAGACCGCUGCAGCAUCACCGUGAGCGCCCCCGAACCCGCUCUGCGUGGCCACGUCGUCCUUGGCUCCUCCUCCGACGGCUGGCUCGUCACCGCUGAUGACCGGGCCAAGAUGCGCAUUAUCAACCCGGUCACUGGCGAGCAGCGCGUGCUCCCAGCCAUCACCACCAUUCCCUGCCUCUUUGAGCAGCAUGGACACUUCGUGCUCGACCUGAAGCGCUUCGGUAGAGCCCCACUGCACCCCGUCUACGACAACUACCUGUCUGACUGGACGCAUAUGAUCACUGUCCAGAGCAUGUGUGCCAAGAACAUGCGCUCCUUCUGCCGCAAGGUCGUCCUCUCCAACUCCCCGCCAUGCCCUGCUGCCAUGAUGAUCACAGGCACCCAGUUUGGCUUUGUGGCCUUUGCCACGGCAAAGGGCGGCACAUGGCGGCUGGCGCGUGAUGGUGUUGACCUCGCCAAGACGGUGUGCGGGACGACGCCUUCGCCCGACGGCGUCGAGGAUGCCAUCCACUAUGAGGGCAGGUUCUACUCGAUCACAUACUCCGGCCAAGUGGAGGCAUGGGAACACGACGCCGAUGAUGUCGGGGUGUUCACGAGCGUGGUGGUCGCCCCAAGGCUGCUGCUGCCGGCCGAUUUGGACCACCGCAAGUACCUCGUGGGGGCGCCGGGCGGGCGGCUGAUGGUGGUGGUCAGGGAGGCCACACACGGUUAUCAGGAGUUGCCGUCCUUCAAGGUGCAGGUCCUCGACGCCGGUGGUGAGGAGUGGAGGGAGACAGAUGACAUUGGCGAUGCCACGCUGUUCGUCGGUGGGAAGAGCUCGCUCUGCGUGACGACGAGGGAGCACCCAGAGCUCAAGGCCGGAUGUAUCUACUACGCCAACGAAGGGUAUGUUGACGAAUACGACGGGAGCGCCAACCAUGUCAAGGUGUUCAGCCUCAAGGACGGCACUGCAGAGAAGGUCGAGGGCCUCAGGCGGCGCCAGACCAACCCGCGGCCGGCGUGGUUCACGCCUUGCAUCCCAUGAUGAUAGAUAUGGUUACUGAUCUGGUAGCCUGGGAGGGUUAAGUUGCAGUUGUUCAAUUGGCAGCACAACAAUCAAUGGUGGCCCAUUUAUGUUGCUUUCAAGUUUCUCUGGUAGAGACAGUUUAAUUAGUCUGCAAGAUUGGCUCAGACUUGAGUUUAUGCUAUGAUGAUUAACAGUUUUAAUUCAGAGCCAAACAGCAGAGUUCACAAGUAUGAAAACAGUUUAGCUUGCAGGGUUAAGGCCAGUAUUGGAUGUUUCUUUUGAUUGUUUCAAACUGCAGCCGAGUUGUUGAGCAUGCAUGUUUAACCAACUCUGGAUAUGUUUGCCCACCAUACAUAGAUGCAUCUGCCUGCCUGUUGAUGAUCAAGGUUACCCACCAUAGAUGUUUCUGUUGCUGCCGGAGUAGCAUCAUGUGCUUUCUUUUACCAGCAGAGCACGACUCGCCAUGCUGACGGUGCAUCUGUAAGACAUGUCAUCUCUGUUUGCAUCUGUUUGUUUUUGUGCAUCUUUACUGUGGAAUUAUUGAUGGAUUAUUUCAAAAGGCAUUACAGUGUGCGUAGAUCAAGUUUACUUUACAUUAUAUAUGCAUGUGGUGCUGGUGCUUGUAGCUGGUUGAGAGGCCGAGGAAGAGUUUUUGGCUUA